GGCUAUAAUGUCAACUCCUCAUCAGUUAAAAUGAAGAUUGAUAAUCUGACGGCGAAAUAUAGAAGGGCCAAGACAGCUAUGGGAACAACAGGAGGCUCUCCUGCAUCAUGGCCUUUAUAUGAGCAAGUGCACCAAAUAAUUGGUGGCUUCUCAAUAAAUAAUGUAGAGGCUCUAAUUGAAGAAAGUUUUGAAGUUUCAGAGUCACCAACCCAUCUCUCAUCGCUGCCGCCAUCUCUGACCCAGAUAUCGCCAUCACCAUUGCCGUCUACUUCGUCCUCAGCAUCCGACAAAUCUAGAAGAAAAAAACAAAUGGAUCGGUUAGUGACGGUCUGCGAAAGCCUCCAGACCAAUUUUUCGGAAGCUAUGGAUAAAUUUCCCAAAUCAAAUGAAGAAUUGGUGGAACUUGAAAAAGCAAAACUGAUGGCAAUGCAGGAGCUGCAGAAAGACGCGAAAAGAUUGACGGAUG